GUGUGCUCUUUAUUAGCCGGGCUGUUGGAUCCAGACGUGGAGAAGAGAGAGAGAGAGCGAGAGGGAGAAAGGGGGGAGCGAGCGCGAGCGAUGGCAACCAAGAAGGCGGCGUGCGUGGAUGCGCCCAAAAGGAGCCGGAGCCGGAGCCGGAGCCCGGUCGUGUUGGAGGCGGAGAUGUUCAGUGAAUUUCAGGACUGGUGUCUCCGCACUUACGGAGACUCGGGCAAAACAAAGACCGUCACCCGGCGGAAAUAUAACAAAAUCAUGCAGACGUUGUUGCAGAACGACGAGUCGGACGGCGUGUACGUCGACAACAGCCACAUUAACGCCAAAUUCAAAUUCUGGGUGAAGUCCAAAGGAUUUCAGGUGGGAACCAACGUUUUGGGAGAGCACAACAAGAAAGGAGCUCCGGGGAAGCCCGUGCUGUACGUCCCGGUCAAGUCAACGUGUUCGGACGGCAAUUCGGCCCAGGACAACUCGUCCCUGAAGCGCGUGGCUGUGGUGGAAGACUUCUUCGACAUCAUCUAUGCCAUGCAUGUUGAAAUUGGCGCCGACCCUGGCAGAGCACCCAAACACGCGGGACAAAAGAAGACCUACAAAGCGAUAGCAGAGACCUAUGCCUUCCUGCCUCGAGAGGCGGUGACUCGCUUCCUAAUGAGCUGCGGCGAGUGUCAGAAGAGGAUGCACAUCAACCCCAGCACGGCAGAGUUCAAAGAAAAUGACCGCCCAACCUCCCUGGUCCCUGACCUCAUUGACUACAACAUGCCCCUGACUGCCACCUACCUGAAGCAAAUGAAGCUGCAGUGCAUGACCGCUACCGAAAGGGAUGACUCGUCGGUGAGCAGUGAGGACAUGAACGGCGCGGAACCCACGUGGGUCGCAGUUGAGCAGCCGCCAGUGCCUGAGCCCAGUCCUCCAAAUGGGGCGAGGGUCAGCAAACCAGCAGCCGCCAUUAAAGAAGAGGAUGACGACAACUCUUCGGAGAGCAGCAGUGGCAACGGGAUGCCAGCCCUGACCUCGCCAGAGGUGCAGCCCGUGGGCGCGAACCCCCCAGAGGGCAGCGCCUCGUACGGCGAGGUGAACGGCUUGAGCGCUCCCCUGGACUUCAGCACCACCUUGUCAUCGUCCUCCUCAGACGAUCAACAGCCGGUCAACCUGAGCGACCGACUGCUGCCCGCGGGGUGUUCGCCGCCAAACUCUUUCCCGGCAGACCCUAGCAGGAAGUACCCCAUCAAAACAGAGUACGCCAAGUCGCCUCCGUACAGCUCAGGAAGCUACGACUCUGCGAAGACCGAAGUGAGCAUGUGCGCUGAGGACUUGACCUCCGGCCGCGCGCAGAUCAUCGACGACGAUGACGACGAUCACGAUGACCACGAUGACAGCGAUAAGAUCAAUGACGCCGAGGGUAUGGACCCAGAGAGACUUAAAGCCUUCAAUAUGUUCGUGCGUCUGUUCGUGGAUGAGAAUCUGGACCGCAUGGUGCCCAUCUCCAAACAGCCCAAGGAGAAGAUCCAGGCCAUCAUGGAAUCCUGCGGUCGCCAGUUCCCAGAGUUCCAGGAGCGCUCCCGCAAGCGCAUUCGCACCUACCUCAAAUCUUGUCGCCGCAUGAAAAAAAGUGGUUUUGAGAUAAGACCAACGCCUCCUCACCUCACCUCUGCCAUGGCUGAGAACAUCCUCGCCGCUGCAUGCGAGAGCGAAACUCGAAACGCCGCCAAGAGGAUGCGGCUCGAUAUCUACCCAGCGGACGAGCCUGCCCUUGUCGACAAGCCCAGCACCAGAGAUCCUGCAUCUGUGGCCCCGUCAGGCUUUGUCAUUUCCAGCACAGCUUUUGCCCAAGACCAGCUCUACACCAAUGGAGGCCUCAACUACAACCUGCGUGGGUACGGCACGGUUGGCAGCAACCAGCAGAACGCUGCUGCGGCCCAAACCAACGGUCCAACAGAUCUAAGUAUGAAGUCGGUCGCUCCGAACUCCUCUUCCUCCAGCUCUAACAGUCACGGGCAGGGUGGCGGGGGCGGGGGAGCUUCGGCCCAGCUCAGUCCUCCGGAAGUCACGGCGGUCAGGCAGCUCAUCGCCGGUUAUCGGGAGUCGGCCGCCUUCCUGCUCCGCUCGGCCGACGAACUGGAGAACCUGAUUCUGCAGCAGAACUGAGCUCGGGCCCGGCCCGCACUCAGCUUGUCUGUCCGUCUACAAAUGUAAAUAUGUCACGCUGACAUGCAAGUCUCGGCGGUCUUGGACAAAGGCACAAACAAAGAGGAGCGGUUCUGCCAAGCACAGCAGGUCCUAUAAGGUACCUUUACUCAUCCACAUGACUAUUUAUGCAUUUGGUUUCCUUUGACCUCAGCGCUCUGUCUUCUGUAGUCUCCCCCGGAUGUUUCUUUCACCACCUCAAACCCAUUUGUCUCAGGAAGCGCCGAUGUGUGGAGAAAACAAAUGCGAUUGUACAUUUAGUGCAGUCUUUCCCAACCUUUAUUGAACCUAAGCACGUAUUUGACAAAACAGAAAUCUCUCGACACACCACCAAACAAACACGUCCCACAAAAAAGGUGUAUUUACUUACAAUUAUGAUUUUAAUUUCAAUUUACCCACACAUAUCAAUCAAGGCUAUUAUUCAGGUGGUUACACUGGUUAAUUGUACCUUCUGCCAUCGAAUGGAAGAGUAUUUGAAGUGGAUAAAAAGUUCACACACCCCUGUUCAAAGGCCAGGUUUUUGGCGAUAUCAUAAAACAAUGAGACCAGGAUAAAUCAUUUUAAAAGUUAUUCAAUUGAAAAUGUUGAAACGUCUUUUCAAAGUGGAAACUAAAAACCCGAGUGUCACAUUCAACAUUCAUGUUCAGUAGGAGUCAGCACACAAAAAAGGGACAUUCAGCUGUUCCAGUAGGCUUUUCCUGCCAAAGCCCGAAGGUUUUUGUUCACACCGACUGCUAUUUGGAACUGUUCAUAAUUGCGUCCACUUUGACUCAGGCUCCAGUUCAAGCCGAAUUAUGGUGGAAAAGUUCAGCCUUGGUUUUAUCAGACCGUAACACAUUUUCCGUGCGUUUGGGGACUUCAAAUGUGUUUUUUUCUUUGUAAGACAAGGCUUUCAUCUUGCCCCCUACCCUAUAGCCCAGACAUAUGAAGAAGAUAGAAGAUUGUUGUCACAUGUAUUUACCAGCCAGAUAUUCCUGCAGCUUCUUCAAUGUUGUUGUUGACCUUUGGGAAGCCUUCUUCUCACAUUUUCUUCAAUUUUGGAGGGAUGGACAUUUCUCAGUCAUGUCACUGUUGCAUCGUAUUUUCUCCACUUGAUGAUGACCUUCUUCACUGUGUUCUGGAUAUAUUUCUUUUUUUCUCCCCCCCCCCCCCCCCCCCAAUUCACUUAUACACACUAAUGGUAAAAAAAACUAAGUUUACAAAUGAUUUCUCUUGGUCUGAUUUUUUUUCAUCUCACAAAAACCUGGUAUUUGAACAAACGUGUUGUAGACGUUUUAAAGUAUAUCCACUGUGAUUGUUCUGCCUGUCACCAUACAUCACUGGCAUAGAUAGAUGAACAAGUUACAUUAUUUGUCGUAAAUAAAGAAUAAUUGUGGGCCCAGUUAGACCAUUUCCCGCAACCCACAAGACGCUCUCUUACGGCACUCUAAUGUUUGGGAAUCACUGAUCGUCGUGGGCGCCGGAGAAGUUCAAUUGACUCUCCCAGCAAUUCUGUGCAGGUUCCUUUGACGUGUUUAUAUUAUCUCCCUAAAAUGAAGUCAAAUGUCCUGUACGGUGGCAAGGUUUGAUUGGGUGAUCAGCAGGUGGGACGGAAUAAUAGCAGGGUACUUAGGGGGCGGGGGGGGGGGGGGGGGGGUGAAAGUGAGAAAAGCUUCUUCUAAUGGAGUGCGGACGCUGCACAUUGUAUUCCCAAUCAGAAUGUGGAGAAAGAUUUAUCAAAUGUGUUAUUCGAUUACAAAAAGGUAAGAAUGAGGACUAAUAGGCGGUUCUAAAAAUCUGUCUGUAUCUUCAAUACAGAUUCAAACAUUCACUGAUAAACAAACAAGCAAAAAAGGGAAUAAAGUCCUAUUUUAUCAAGAAUGUGUUAGGUGUUAAUAGGAUUAAUUACAAGAAUAAAGUGUUGAUCUGUGACAUUUUUUUCCCUUGUUAAACUGAAUUUAAUAUCAUAAAAUACGACUAUGUGUGAACUAAAUAUGACUUUAUUUUCAUACGAUUAUGAAACUUUAGAACACUAAAAAAUACAUAUCUUAAAAAUAAAAACGUUCCCAUAAAAUUACAAAAUCUGAAUUUGCUGUUGCAACAUUACAUAUUUCUUGUCGAAAAUAGGCAAGUUUUUCAUUUUUAAUGUAUCUAUGGGUACAUAUGGUGUAAUAAUAAUAUUAUAUUAUGAGAGUGUUGGAGGGAAAAAUUCUCCUCAAUGCAAAAAAGCUUCAAUGCUUAAAAAGUUGAAAAGCCCCAAAAUAUGUAAUGAUUUUCAGGAAACUAAAACAAACUUUAUAGUUAAUACAUUAAAAGAGUGGUUCUCAUAUCUUUUAGACCAAGUACUACCUCAAAAAUAUUUAGCUCUCCAAGUACUAACAUAAUGGCUAACAUUUAAAUACAGUCACAGAAAAUAUACAGAUGUUGAGAUGUUAGUCCUAAAAAGCACAUUGAUUAAAGUAAAAUAAAACUGAACUGUACUAAAAAUGUCCUGUACAGGAAAAGUUUUUUUAAAAAGUUUAAAUAAUCUGUUGCAUGCUUACAAGCUUCAGUCUAAUAUGUUUGGUUGUAUUUUGCGUUUUGUUUCGUAUAUUUAUUGCAGUGAUUCUUUCGCAUACCACUAGAGAGCGCCAGAGUACCACUAAUACACGACAGAAUCUCUGCAUCAAAUUUUUGUUUGUGCACCAAAAUUGAGACAUUACUUGAUAAUGAUGUUUUUUCUUCACUUCUGUAAAGAAAUGCCACAUUUGAUACAUUUUAUUCCUGAUUUGGAAUAGAAAGUGAGCUUUCAACCACACUGCUAUUGUUGCACACCCAAGUGUCCUCCAGUCUGAUUCUUUGUGUCUAAAUGUUUCCUCCAACAAUGUCCAUCGGUAGACAAACCGCCGCUGAACUGCCUGCCACUGCGCUGAUUCCACACGUCAGUAAAAAAUCCACACAGCAGAAAUUAUGAUCAUUUUUGUGAUGCUUUUCAAUGAUGUUCGCUCAAGUCUUUUCCUAAUUCGACUCGUUCCCCGAACAAGCCAGGCUGGGUCAUGAACAAGAGCCCUCCCUGCGCAUAAGAUAUGAGGAGGUCACAAAAACCUGUCAGGGAAGAAAGAGAUAAAUAAAUAUAUUGUUGAGUGCGUUCAGAAAUUGUGCAAUGUUGACGAUAAUCAGUAAAAGGUGUACUAUUUAU